AUGGCGAAUCAACAUUUCUUCAAGCCUCUUCUUCCUGGUUUCCACAGCCACUUGACAAUUCCUGAAGCCUUCUACUUGAAGUAUGUACAAGGAAGAAAUGAGCAAACGGUGGCUAAGCUGAGAUCAGACGCGUCCAAGAUAACCUGGGAAGUGAAGGUAGAAGAAGAUGGCCAGACACUUACUGAUGGUUGGAAAGACUUCGCUCUCGCACACGAUCUUCGAAUCGGUGACAUUGUCGUUUUCAGACAAGAGAGACACAUGGAUUUCCAUCUGACACUGUUCGGACCUAGUUGCUGUGAGAUCCAAUAUGGAUCGUGUUUAGACAACGAGAGAAACCUCUGGAAGAUUCUUAGGAAGAAGAAAGUGAUGAAGAGUCCAAGAAGAGAAAGAGAGUCUUGUUUUGUGGCUAAUGUCAUGGCUUCGACCCUCCGAUACGACAGGCUGAAUCUUCCAAGGGGUUUUGUGAGGGCAAAUGGUCUUGACAAAAAAUGUGGAGAGAUUGUUCUGAUGAAUGAAAAGGGAAGAUCAUGGACGCUAGAUUUGACAAGAAAUAAAUCAUAUCAAAAUAGUUAUAUCAAACGAGGGUGGAGAAGUUUUUGUCAUGCCAAUGGGCUUAGAGCUGGAGGUUUCUUCACUUUCAAACUGAUCCAAAGAGGAGGAACUCCGGUUCUACUUUUAUUGUCUGAAGAACCCGAAGACGAAGAGUGUUCAGAAGGUGAUGAAAUAGAGUCUCUUUCCAUGGAAUCAGAAAGCAAUGAAGAGAGCAAACAAGAUGAAAAAAGCUUCAAGAAGCGUAGUAGAUCGAUAUGGAAAGCUUCAUCUUCACCAUCCCAAAACCGAUUUGUGACAUUAGCUCUUACACCUUACAACAUCAAUAAGUAUAGAAUGUUUCUUCCGGUACCCUUCACAAGGAUGCAUGGCAUUAAUGAGGAAACUAAAAUGGCUUUGCUGGAUAAAAACGGUGUGAAUUGGUCUACGAAUCUGCGGUCUGAAAGGUCAAGAAUAAAAUUGGUAGGAGGAUGUAAAGAUUUCUUCAAAGCUAACUGUGUGAAGACAGGUGAAUCGGUCAAACUGGAGCUGAUUUGGAAAGAAGACACAAGUUGUGUCCUUAAGUUCUGCUCCAUUGUGAAGCCAAAGAACAAAUGA